ACAGCGAGCGCUCCCACCAGUCCCACAGCCUCCUUCGCCCGGCAACCUGAGACGUCAAGGCGCAGCAGGCUGCAAAGCUUAGCGCGUCGUAGCCACUAGCUUGAUAGCUCCCUGGUACAACCAUCUCCAAGCUGCGAGACAUGGCGGGGGCGAAGGUGACGGUCGAGGAGGUGAGGAAGGCGCAGCGGGCGUCGGGGCCGGCGACGGUGCUGGCGAUCGGGACGGCGACGCCGGCCAACUGCGUGUACCAGGCCGACUACCCGGACUACUACUUCCGGAUCACCAAGAGCGAGCACCUCGCCGACCUCAAGGAGAAGUUCAAGAGGAUGUGCGACAAGUCGAUGAUCCGUAAGCGGUACAUGCAUGUGACGGAGGAGAUCCUACAAGAGAACCCCAACAUGUGCGCGUACAUGGCGCCGUCGCUGGACGCGCGCCAGGACAUCGUGGUAGUGGAGGUGCCCAAGCUGGGGAAGGCGGCGGCGCAGAAGGCGAUCAAGGAGUGGGGCCAGCCGCGGUCCCGUAUCACGCACCUCCUCUUCUGCACCACCUCCGGCGUCGACAUGCCCGGCGCCGACUACCAGCUCACCAAGCUCCUGGGCCUGCGCCCCAGCGUGAACCGCCUCAUGAUGUACCAGCAGGGCUGCUUCGCGGGGGGCACGGUUCUACGCGUGGCCAAGGACCUCGCCGAGAACAACCGCGGCGCGCGCGUGCUGGUGGUGUGCUCGGAGAUCACCGCCGUCACGUUCCGCGGUCCUUCGGAGUCACACCUUGACUCGCUCGUCGGCCAGGCGCUGUUCGGCGAUGGCGCGGCGGCCGUGAUCGUGGGCGCCGAUCCCGACGAGCGCGUCGAGCGGUCGCUGUUCCAGCUGGUGUCCGCAUCGCAGACCAUCCUGCCGGACUCGGAGGGAGCCAUCGACGGCCACCUCCGCGAGGUCGGCCUGACCUUCCACCUCCUCAAGGACGUGCCGGGGCUCAUCUCCAAGAACAUCGAGCGCGCGCUGGAGGCGGCGUUCCAGCCACUGGGCAUCUCCGACUGGAACUCCAUCUUCUGGGUGGCGCACCCUGGCGGCCCUGCCAUCCUCGACCAGGUCGAGGCCAAGGUCGGGCUCGACAAGGCCCGGAUGCGCGCCACCCGGCACGUCCUCUCCGAGUACGGCAACAUGUCCAGCGCCUGCGUGCUCUUCAUCCUUGACGAGAUGCGCAAGCGCUCUGCCGAGGACGGCCACGCCACCACCGGCGAGGGCUUCGACUGGGGCGUCCUCUUCGGCUUUGGCCCCGGCCUCACCGUGGAGACCGUCGUCCUCCACAGCGUCCCCAUUGCCGCCGGCGCCACCGCAUGAUCACAUCAAUCACACACCAUACAUACUCCACUCCACUCCACUCCAUGCAUGCACCUCGAUCACAAUUUCUUCAUCUUUGCCACGAUAAUAACUGCUAUCACCAAGUAAUGUACUACUCCUCUAUGCGUCAUGUGUCGGUAGGAUUAUUUCUACUGCCGUUAUUAUUUUGCUAGCUAAAGGUCAAAAGCGUUAGGUAUAUGGAUGGUGAGGUAUUGUUACCUGUGUAAGACAACCUUGGCUGUGUUUCCAUUUUUUAUUUGAUGAAAAAGCUUAUUGUCUGCUGA